AUGAACUACGCCAACUUGCUAGAAGAGGGGAGGUUGAAGCGAGGUUUCGUGGUCGCGACUCUUGUCAGUACGCUCGUAGGCACUCUAACGGCGGGCAUGACAUUAUUGGAUAAAGUCCAAGAUAAACGUGCGAAGGCCAAGCAAAAAGGCGUCGACGAUGGUCAAAAUGCUCAACUCCAGCAAUUGAAGGCCAAAAUCGAGAACAUUGAAACCCGAGAGCAGGAUUGUGAUGAUGGAAGUAGUUCUUCAAGAUCAAGUCGCAGACCACAGAGACGAUCAAGACGAUCUAUUGUCGACUGCGAGGAGGCGCUGGCAUAUUCUGUUCGCAAGUCGCGGGCAUUAAUUGAACGUGAGUAUGAGGACAAUCUCAUGCGUGUGGGCCGGGACUAUGCUCGAGGCGAUUUAAACACCGAGAACAAGCUCCAAGCCCAAAUUAUCCAGCUCCAGCAAACAGUCAUCAAUGUGUUGCAAGAAGCACUCUACUCCGGGCGCCAACUCACAGAUGAGGAUAUGUACAGACUGGUCAACGCACAGUACGCAGCUCGGGAAGGCUCGUUAGAGGCGCUACAAGACCAGUACCAUCGUAUGCUGGACAGGCGACGACCAGACGAAGACAGAUUACGACUAGGUCCAACACCAGGACUGCGACAGAAGCAACUCAGUUGGCCUGUCGAACGGCCCACAGAGCAUCGAGAAUUCGGUCCGCCUCGUAGAGCGAGAACGCUACCGUCUAAAAGCCUCUUUUGCCGCUACAGCGAAGACCUGCAGUACAGCUCAUCGAAAGAACUACAUCCAGCGUUCGACCCAAGAGACGACGGUCGAUGUCCCGCUUGCGCCGUCAAUCUCGACGUGAGACUAGGCGAUUCAUGGGUCUUCCAAGACAAACGCAUCAACGAUCGAUUUGUAGUCAAAAGUCAUGCGGAAGAUGGGAGGUUCGUUUGUCUCAUAUGUAACCGGUAUUCGCAAGUGGAUUGUGUUUGUCGAGAUAUUGAUUCGUUGAUGCGGCAUAUUACCAGCACGCAUAAGCCUGAGGAGUUGGAGGAUGAUGUAGAUGUUGAAAAGGUGGUUCGUAGAUGGGAGAUUGAGUAUGCAUGA